ACUGCGCCUCGCAGUGCCCGCGUGUUGCGUCCGACUCCGCCGCAGCACCUUGCGUCGCAUUGCGCUGUCCCACGCCGGCUGCGCCGGUCCGUCGCCCUCCGUCCGGCGCGACGGUGCAUCGGUCAUGCAUGCUCGGCCUCUCGCUCUGAGAAGCGAUGCUCUGGAGCAGCUCGCCUUCUGGUCGAGCAAGUCUGAGAUGUGCCUCGAUCGAGGGCUUUGCGAUCCUGCAGCGACGCUGUGCUGCGCUGUGAUGACUACAUCGCCUGCAGCUGAGCAGGUCUGCCUCACUACUUUGGAGCCGGCGGCCGAGGCCCGGGCGAGGAGGAGAUGAGCACUCUUACUCUUGCUUCGCUUCAUCCGCGUCGAUGGUCUGGCCAUCUUCGCUUUUACGAGGCUUGGCGCACUGCGUCUCGUUUGCUCCCACCGCGGCCGAUGCCACAUGCCAUUCCCAUCUGCCGUGCGUGCUCCUACACCUCGAAACAUCUCGCGAAGGUCACGCGGACGUUCGCGGGCUGUGCAAGCGCGAGAGCCUCUCGCGCGGCGCCAAGCCCCGGCGGGUCGGCGCUGCACCGCUGCGGCCGCAUGCGCCGCUUCGGCGCUCCGGCGCUUCAAGUCCCCGCAUCCGUCCUCGGGCCUCGGAGAUUCGGCGCCCUUGAUGAACCCAGAUCUGCCCGCGGUGCGCCAGAAGCGUCGUCUGUCAGCGCUUCUGCUAGGCCCUGCAGGCUGCGUCUGACUUGGCCGCUCGCAUUCAACCACGCGAGGGCGCAGCUUGGCCGUGCGGGCUAAGGCCUGCGAAUUUCGAAACAGCAGGCAGAGCCAGAGGUGCGCUUCGCCUUCGCGCCCAUCUUGUCGCCGGCCGCUCGUGGGGCAAAGCAGAAGAAAGCAGUGCAGAGG